AAGCACCUAUUUAAGAUCUUUUUUUAAAAUAAAUAAUAUUUGUUUUAAUAAGUGUGUGAGUUACUAGGUAAUUUUACGGCAUCGGAAGAAUUUACGUAUGUGUUAAUAAUGUUAGAAAAUGAAGAAUUUUCCAUUUUUAGUUUUCGAAUCAGUAGGUAACGAGGAGCAAGUUUCAAGGUGUUCAACGUCCGACCGCUAGGCGAUUGGGACACGUUGAUAACUGGGAUAACUGCAGUAACCUUAAAAGAUAAACCAUGCGCACUACACCUGCAAGCUCCGUGAUUCUGUGUACAUAGAAUCACGUAAAUUUGUACGCAAAGUAUUAACUUGAUAAUCAUGCUUUCCCGUAAAAAUAUUCUGCAAUUUCAGUUAAAAGAUAUUCUGAGAAUCAAGUGCUUUGCAACUGUCUCAACAGAAGCCGUUGCCAGUAAAGAAAGCGAGACUUGUGAGGAGCCAAAUGAAGAACAUAACCUAUUAGCGGAAAAUAAACUUGCGGCACAAAGAGAUAAGUCUGGAUUAAAUCCUCCCCAUCGAAAUAUACUUUACGAUAGGCGGCCAUACAAAGAGAGCAUGGCCAUAAUUCAUGAUACAAUUCAAUAUAAGAAAAGAUUACUGGGACGAUAUGGCAUAGAAGCUGCCGGGGUACCUGCCGGCAUAGCUUGGCCAUCUCCCAAAGAAGUGGAAAUUAAGAAAGAAUAUGAAAGGCUACUUUAUCCACUAACGAUUCAAGAAAGCUGGGAUAUAAUUGCAAAGAAGAAGGAGGAAAAAGCAAAAGCUAUUCAAGCUAGGGAAGAAGAAAUCACAAAGAAGUUGGCAAAACAUGACAAGUGGUUGGCAGAACUUCAGGCAAAAAUAGCAAAGAAAGAAGCUGACGUUUUGGCAGCAAAAGCAAGGAAAGAUCGAUUGAUGGAAGAGGUCCGACGUCACUUCGGUUUUAAAAUAGAUCCACGUGACGAAAGGUUUAAAGAAAUGCUGGAGAAGAAGGAAAAAGAGGACAAGAAGAAGAAAAAGGAGGCUAGAAAGCAGCAACGAGAGGCGCUGUAUAUGGAAAAACUGAAAAAAUCCAAGAUUCCGGAUACGGAACCAAUUGUGUCCAAAAAAGAAUCAUUACCUGGGAAGGCUGAGGACACCACGUCUAAUUAAGAUCUAACUUCCUCCUGUUCUGCUUGAACUGAUGUUAAAGUUUUAAAUAUAAUAUUGCUAAUAAAUAUCCUUGCACUUGUCAUACAAA